AUGAAAAUUGAGAAAGCCCUAAACCAGCAGUUCUACAUCAUUAACAGUCUUGGUGCUGCUUUCAUCGGGCCGCUUUACAUUUCUGACAAGCAAUAUCUGUCCAUGGCUGAUGAGAACGGCGACUUGCCUCCGCGGGAAGGGGCUGAGGAGCGGUGCAACAGCCGCAUGCAGCUAGUUUUUAGUAGCAGCUUAGACCAUAGCUGUAUCAUAGGCGGCAGCGAUAACGGUGUCGGCGAUAAUGAAGUACCCAAAAGCCGUAGCUCCAGUUGCAGCACUGUGUGCGCCGAGCCCGCGACCGAGGUCCCCGCUCCUGGGCCAGCAAACGUCCGGAACGGAGGGAACCGUCGCAGGAGUCGUCGCGCAGCCGCUUCUCAAACCGCCAGGACGGCAGCAGCUUGCGCCUCCCCACCCACGCCAGGUUGUGAUAUAGCACAACUUCCCGCCGCAGACGGGCCAAGCCCGGGCACCGAGCCAACGUCUUCGCAUGAUAACGAGUCCAACAGUGCUUCUGUCGACAUAGCCACGGCAACACCGGCCGUCCAAGCCCAGACACAGCGGACCUCCCAGCGCCGCAACAGGGGCUUUGGUGGCAGUGUGGCAUCAGCAGGAGCUGACCAAGAGGUCUUGGUCGACCUGGCAGGCGAGGGCGACCUCAUGCGAGCUACCGCUGCCGUAGCGGCUGCAUUGCUGCCUCCGUCUACUUUGCCGGUUCGCAUCAUCGUUACGCGCCCUCAAAUUAAAGAUGCUGCGGAUAUCUCACGCGACGGCCACACCAAUUGCGGCCGAUCGGCGGCGUCCAAGGCACACCGCGCUGAUGGAGCUGAUGGCAUCGGUGAUAUGGAUGAAGGCGGGGUGGCGGAAGCAGAAGACGGCGUUGGAAGCGGCGGAGGCAAGGGAACUGACGGCGGCUUGAAAUCACCCGGCGUCCCGUUGUCACCAAAUGCCUCGAACAGCAACGAUGCCAACGCUCCACCCCAGAGUCCCUGCGCUUCAGCUGCCCACAUCGCAGAAGUUCAGGAGAGCAUUCUGCAGCAGCAGCAUGCAAAUGCUAAGGCUACGGCGGCGUCAAUGGCAAUGACGUCGAGUGGCGGCACCAGUGAUGCUGCCGCCGGCAAGGGCACAACGACGACGACUGCCACCCGUCGCAGAUUGCUUCGCACGGCUGGGAUGCUGCAAGUCGCCGUACAUCCACGGGAGGAUCUGGGCCACGUGUAUCGGGCGCCAAUGCCAAACCAGGCUAGCGCUGCCACCGGAUCACUAGAGCCACUUGCUUUGGGUGCCAGCCCUGAGAUUUUGCGGAGUGCUGGGCCACCAGCGCCCCCUUGUCACCCCGUCAUAUCUCCAGGCGCGGUGCCACCCCUUUCGCCAGGCACUCCUGGCACCAUCUCAGCGAUAAGCCCCGGAGGCCGUCGUGUUGGUGGUGGUGGCGGCUCGGGCCAUCCGCCACGCUCACCUAAGCCUCCUGGAGUAGAUGGCAGUAGCUGUGGCAGCGGCGUUUGGCGCGGUGGCAAUGUCGCUGGCGGGUCGGCUGCAGGAGGCGUGGAUCGCGCAGCUGCCACCGCCGGGCACACGACGGUGAUGACAGUAUAUGCCAGUGGUUACACGGGAACCAACCCGUCAGGAGUCGUGGCAGCGCAGUCACCUUAUGCUGUCUACCACAGCAUUGCAACGCCUCCGCCUCCGCCACCGCCACCCCGGCGUCCGGUCCUGGGCUCUCCACAGCCGACGGCUGCCGGUGGUGCUGUGUACCUCCGUGAAGGGCGUCUCAGCGGUACCGGUGGCGAAGCCCUUCAGGUGCUGCCGCUGGCCUGCUGUGCAUCGGGAGCAACCACCUCAACCACAAUCACUGCCGAGCUGAACGCGUCAACCUCUGCUACCAUCACGCCACGGCCCCUCUCCACCGUCCUAGACCCAUCGGUUUGGGCUACCCUGCCUCGAGAGUCGACUGAGUUGGGUCUAUCGGCGCUCCGGCUGCUCGUUGCCCAGGCGGCACAGACCAACAACGGUAACCGUGGUGGCGGCAACAUGACUGGCUGGCCAGGCAUGUUAACGGGUGCUACUGCCGACAUGCACACUGCUAGCGACAGCGCCAUGACCAACGACAAGGCGCAUGGCCCCCGGGUUGGCGCCCUUCGCAACACAGGGGAGGCGGUUCGCUGGCCCGAGAGCGUUGCGUCAAUGCUUCAGGGCGUUGCUGUUGUGGCGCCGGCGGAUAGGCUUUCGACGUCAGUCGAUCCGGCGACUGCAACGACACCGACUUCACAUGGCCAUGCCCCCGAGCUUGCAAUGAUGCCUGGACCUGAUAACGCGCUGACAACGAACCCCUUUGCGCAACGGCUACCUCAGAGCCCUAUUGUUGCAACUGCUGCCACCGGUGACCCCACCCUGGACGUCAUUAGUGCCAUUAACUGGUCGGUAAGGCCAAGCAACCCCGCCGCUCGAAAUGUCGGCUGCGCGAUUCCAACGUCGCCGGUGACCAUGACUCCGCCAAACUCUAUUGCCGUUUCCGCCAGCACUGCCACGUUCGGAGGCCUGUCUUUCAGCACUGGACCACGUAGCAGCAGCAGUUGCGGCUCAAACGGAGGCAGUAGUAAUAGCAUUUCCUCAUCCACGACCACCAGCAGCGCCGGCGCUGGCGCCAACACCGGCCACGUCAGCCCUUUAGGCUGUGCGGCCAGCACCUCCCAGGAGUCUUUGUCUGCGCUCCGCUGCGCGUCGUACCCUCCAACGCCACGACCGCCACCAACACCGUCCCCGGUUGCGGCAGCACUGCCUCUGUACACUGCCGAUGCCAUCGCUGCGGCCUCCUUCUCUGGAAUGUCUAACCUAGAAGGUAAGGAAGCACACAAAGAGGACGCGCGGCUGCACGCACACCUUGCCACUUUGGCUUCGGCAUUGGAGCAGCGGUGCUUUACCGCGGCGAGCUCCCGGGAAUCGCCCGAGGCCCAUGCGGUGUUGGAUAGCGAUGUGGACAGCAUCGCGGCAGUCCUGGCGGCUGCUCGGCGGCUGAUGCCAGGGAUCCUGGUGCCUGGUGGCGUCGCUACCGCAGUGGCCGGAACCAACGGAUCCACGGCAACGGCGACGACAGGACAUGGCCAUGCUGCCCGUGAAGAGAACGCAGGGCUAAAGGCCGAGGGCCUGCACAUCGGAAGCAGCGAUGACAAGGUUGCAUCGUAUCGCGGCGUGGGGUUGGGCCUUUACUUCAAAAUUUUACAUUGGCUGUUUUGGAUGAUGGUUUGGAUGAUGGUUUGCUCGGUGCCGUACCUUAUCACCAUCAACACCUCAAUCUUCACGGACUAUGCGCACCGGUACGACCACAAUUACGGCGUCAAGGUGUACGAUAGCUUUGAGCUGGCGUCCUUCACCUUCGCCGCCAUUGUUGACGACAAGAAAGACAAUGGCACAUUGCAGUACAUGAACACUGACAUUGCCGACGUGUGGAAGGGGCCCAUGCAGAAGGGUGUCUUCCUGACCUGGGUCUCGUUGCUGGACGCGGGAGCGACAGUCGUGCUGACGGUGGUGGUGGCGGUGCUGUUUUUGCUGGUACGGCGGUGGUUGGAGAAGGUGGACCGCAAAACGCGCGAAGUGGCCGACUACGCGGUCAUUGUCGGCGGACUGCCCCCGUAUGUUACCGCAACGGAGAUUGGGGAGCACUUUGAGCGCUUGUUUUCCAAGGACGCCAAGACGGAAAAGGUGAUGGAUGUGGUGCUCAUCCAUGGCUUCUCCACCGCAGUCAAGGCCUGCAAGGAAGUGCACCGCAACGAGCAGCUCAAGGGCUUCGUAGCUGGCAUGGAGGCCAAGAUGAACACCACAAACUCGCCGCCGCUGUCGCCUGCCCAAUCGGAGUUCGCUACCCCCAGCAAAGAUAGCCACAAUAUUCAGAAGCUCGCGCCGGGUUCGACGCCAUUAGCUGCACCGUCAUCGCCAGCUGUUGCCAGUGGCAACCGACCCAAGACCAUCCACCUCCACGCCGCGUCACCGCCUCCCCCUUCGCAAUCGACAGCCAUGACGCCGCCUGCCGCACCGUGUUCCAAUUCUUCCGUGGAUGACCCCGAGACGGGCGCACUAAAGGAGAGCUCCUCAAUGACACGUGAUAUGCGAACCGAAAUGAACAAGGCGAUGGCCAACAUUCGCGAGCAGGAGGAACUCAUCAUGUCGCAUAUCAGCGGCAAGAAGCUCCGGACAAAUGCGGCCUUCGUGACCUUCAACACGGAGCACAUGCGUGCCGAGGUGUGCAAGCAGAUGCCGUCGGGCUGGUGGGCCUCUCUGUUUAUGCGCCGAGAUCUGUGUCUCUCCCACGGCGGCCGGCUGUGGCGGCUGUGGGUGCGGCGUGCUGCGGCUCCGGAUGACUACCGCUUUGAGAACAUGUCGACCCGGGUCCGAACAAACAUGCUGAUCCAGGCGUUCACGGGCAUCAUUAUGUUUGCCAUCAUUAUCGUGUGUGCCGCGCUGAUCACCUGGCUCUCGGCCGCCUCGAACAAGGAGUCCCGGGUGAUCAAGUGGGACAUGGAGGAGCUGAUGGCAGCCAUAGGGAUCGGAAUGGCCAAGAUUAACGCCGGCGCGCUCCCAAGUGCGGGUCUCGAUAAGGCCUUAUACGGCACUUUUUGUUUAAGCAACAUGGGUACAUGCAUGGCCCACGUGGACGAGAUCUUCCCCGGCGCCAACAUGAACAUGACGUUUGGUCAAGAAUGGGCGUUUCCCAACGCCACCGCCCGGCUGCUGAACGAGCGACCCAUCCGGCAGGACCUGAUCAAAUGUUCCCAGGGCGUCUCCUGCUCAGCGUCGUACUGCCUGCCGUGCUAUUGCCUGGGUUUGAGCGCCGUGCCCACGGAAGACGCUACCCCCGAGUUUUUGACGCACGUUAAAGACACGUGCUCGGAAUACUGGCAGCCUCUGGACCUCAGGCGCCAGGGCAUCAUGAUUGCUAUUUCGGUUGUGAUUGCCGUCAUCAAUUCAUUCUUGACUUUCAUUCUGCGGCAGCUUAAGUUCCACGUGGAGAAGCACUGGACCACAACCGACACGGAGCUGAGCUAUGCAGUUUGGUCGUAUCUGGUCAAGCUGAUCAACUCGGUUGUCGUACUUCUCGUCGUCAACUGCUCCACCGUGGGGGACCUGCAGAAGAGGGCCCUGGAGCAUGAAUCCCGCUGGAUGCAGCGUCUGAUUCUGGACGGCCUGUUUGAUGACUUCACACCCGAGUGGUACGCCACGGUCGGUUUCUCAAUCAUGAUUCUGAUGAUGAUCAACGUGGCUGGCCCACUGAUCCGGUCAGCGUUGGAUAUUGUCUUCAAGCGUGCCCUGCACAUCCGCCUGGUGCAUAUCCACAUGGGCCGGCUGGCGGCGCCCGAGGACUACAACCUUGCCUUCCGCAACCGUCAGUUCACCCUGGAGGAACGCAUCUCUGAAACGCUUUUCAACGUCAGUCUGGCGCUGCUGUUUGGCAGCGGCAUGCCGCUGUGCUACCUCAUCGCCGCUGUCUACCUGAUAGUGACGUUGUGGUGGGACCGAGUCAACUUGCUGACGUGGCACCAGCCGGCGCAGCGCUACCAGAAGCACCUGCCUCGCGUCAUUGUGUACCUCCUGCCGAUCCUGUUGAUGGCCCACUGCGCCUUCGGACUGUGGAUGCAUACCUUCUUCAAGGCGGAGCUUAGCAGCAUGGACAUCACGGCUGCGGCUAAUGCGAGAUUGGUCAACUCGGGCAUCUCCUCCCUGACCCACAACGCCCUGGGUCGCCGCAUCACCCAGCCCAACGGCCUGGCGCUCCUAAUUUGGUUCCUGGUGCUGGGGGCAUGGAUGGUGGCGGGAAGGUGGAUUAUGUGGGCUGUCAUGAAGACGUUUGGCAAGAUGUGCGCCCGACUGUCAGCGACAUUGAAGCCAGCGGGGGCAUCGGACGAGGGCCCCGAAUCAGAUGUGACAUACGAGGAGGCGCUGUCAACUGUCAAGGUGGUUAACAGGCUUCGUGGGCCGCGCACCUACCGCAUUUCCCAUCUCUCCAACUACAAGCCCUUCCUCUCAACGGGCGGCGCGGGUCGCCUGUGGGGCAUGGUGCAGGGCGAGAAGCGCUUCACCCGACUGACCUCGUUCCGAGUACAUGUGGAAAUGGAAGUCCAUGACGGUCACCGGGUUCGGACUGAGGAGCGUGAGGUCGAGAUGUUUGAUGUUGCCGAGACUGCCAUUAAGAUGCUACCCAACGCUGCCGCAGCGCUGGCAGCCGCCAACGCCGCUGUAGCGGCGGCAGCGCGUGACGAUCUGCCGCUCACCCCACAAUUGCCACUGCCCCCGUCGCGGACGCCGCCGCUGUCAGCAGGGGAGUCCCCGUUGCCGCCGUCGGCUGGGGUGACAGGGUCCGCCGCGACCGAGCCCUCGUCGCCGUCGACAGACCCGGCCCUACUUGGCCUCGUGCCAUCAGCAGCUCUCCAGUCAGCUACGCUUCAGCAGGUUGCGACGCUGCAGGCCAACACUGGCGCGCUAGUCAAGCGCGUGUCUUUGCGGGCAAUGCCAGAGGGGCUGCUUAUCCCAAGCAAUGGUAGCGGCACUAACGGUCGUGGCAUGAUGGUUGUGGUGGCGCCGCCACCGCUGCCACCAUUUGAGUUGGACCUGCAGCCCGUUGUGGUCAGGACGCUGGCAAGUUUGCGGCUACUGCCGGUACGAGAGCGCGCCAACGGUGAGACCAUGGCCAUCACCGGCGCUGCUUCCGAGCCGGCCGUUAGGUUGCAACGGUCAUCGUCGAUGGGCUCGGCGUCGAGCAGCCAUGUGUCUGUCGUGACGACGCAGUCGGCGCCGGCGACACACCUGACAGCAUCCGGCGGCAGCGGUGGUGCCGACGGGGGCGCCAACCGCGAUGGCACCGCGAGCGAGAUCACGGAGGCUGGCAAGGACCCCACCGACGGCGGUGCGACGGAGGCGCCAAUUGUCGUACAAGCCGAGGCUGUUGUUCUUGCGGAGGCAGUGGUGACGGGAGUUUCCAAGUCCAUCAGCAAGCGCAAGUCGGCUGGUGGCGGUGGCGCCCUUCAGGGGCUGUCUUCCAAGGGGAAGUCCGCGGGCAAGGACUCGGGCCCACGGGCAAGGGCCACCUUCAAGUACAGGGCUGUGCCGCUGGAGCAGCUGUCGAAGCAGACGAAGGCGUCCUCGGUCGCCGAAUGCCUUGCACAUGUACCGCCCAUCCAGCGGCAGACGGGGCCGGGUUCGGGGGAGGUCGUGGUGGCAGCGUCUGUCGCCGCCGCCCCGGAGAACGUGCACCAGGUGGCAGCGGUGCCGGCAGCCGGCAAGGAGGCGUGA